CGCCUUGCGCGGCGCAGCGAGGAUGAACGACUCGCGGCGGAGGCGUGGAUCUCGCUGCCGCGCGUAGCACCCUUGCGAAUCGUCCCAGAGCAUGGCGAGGCUGCCCGGGAGGCUGCCCCUCAGCAUCACUUUUUUGCUGGCGCGCGCGGGCGCAGAGAUCAUAGGUCCCCACCUCCUCGACGGGACAGACACGCCGACGCUCCAUCGUGAUAUAGCGCAGAACCAGGUGUCGAUCGACGACUUACUGGCGCCGUUCGCGGGCAAAAAGCCGGGUCUCGCGUUUCGCGUCCACGCCGACAACGACGCGAAGACCGUGGACGGCGGCGUCGCCGAUGCCAUCCUCGCUGCGUUGCGGGAGACUGGCUUGCCCGCGGACCCGGCGGAGGCGGUCGCCGUCCUCACUAAAUCUCCCGUGCCGCUCUCGAUCACGCUCUAGUCUGCGAAGAAAUCACCAGCGCAUCGGAACGUUCGGUCGGAUGAGACGAAGCGCCGUGAAGUUUGGAAUUCCGCACAGGCUCCAGUUCGAGUACCUCGACGAAGCCGCGUGGCCCGCUGGCGUCAAGAACCUCGCGGAGACAUUCGGCGAGACGAACGGUCGCGCCGAGGUUGAGGGAGGACUGCUACUCCACGCCUACCUCUCGACGGCGGGCGCCGCCGCGCUCCCAUCACACGAAGACCUAGGCGACAUCCUCGUCGUCCAGCUCGCGGGGGCCAAGACGUGGACCUUCGACGCCGAUGAUUCCGAUGAUUACGUCGUGACGCUCGAGCCGGGCGACGGCCUCGUGAUUCCGGCGGACACGCGUCACGCCGCACGCGCGACUGAGGGCGGCGUCUCUGCCCAUCUGACGAUCCACCGCAUUAGCGAGCACCAGACCGACAUCGCGCGCCGGCAGCUCAGCCACGACGAAGAUGACCCAAACAGGUGCUAUUCGGGAGAUGCGGAAUGCCCCUCUGCGUGCGAGUACGACUGCGAUGACUGCGAGUAUUGUACGGACGCGGACACGAUCUGCCGGAGCGAAAUCGAAAAUGACCCUUUCUACGAUGGCUAUCCCUAUGACAUCUGCUGCCUCACCUCCGGCUACAGGAACGAGCGCGCGGGGCCGUGCGAAUGCCCUGACUGGCCCGGGCCCGACCCCGACUGCCCGACGACCCCGGGUCCGACCUCUGGACCGACGCUCACGCCGGCGCCGAUGGCCGCUACAUGCGUGAACGACGAUUCGACCACUGAUAGCGGUGGUGAUACUUGCUCAGAGUGGUAUGACAGAAGGCCUCAAGAUUGCGGAGAGUACGAUGACGACGACUUCACGGCGAGCGAGCGGUGUUGCGCGUGCGGCGGUGGCGAGGGUACGUUCGCGCCGACUGCGACAUCCGAACGAUGCGUGGACGAUUUGUCGACCACUGGUCAGUUUGAUAAAGGUUGCUCGUAUUUUGACUAUUGGCCUGGCGAAUGCGAAAAAUUGGACGACGAGGAUUUCACGGCGACCGAGCAGUGUUGCGCGUGUGGUGGUGGUCUUGCUGGUGGCACGCAUGACCCGACUACAUCGCCUGCGCCGACGCCGGCGACGCCGGCGCCGACGCCGCGGCCGUCACCUUCGCCGACCGCGACGCCCGCGCCGACGAUCGGCCAUCCUCUACGCCUGGUCGGAGGCACGAGCGAGUACGAGGGUCGCGUCGAGAUCUUGCAUGAUGGCCAGUGGGGCACAGUCUGCGACGAUUCCUGGGACCUGGACGAUGCGAACGUGGUCUGCCAGCAGCUCUUCGGGGUCGGCGCCUUAGAAGCCAAGGAUGAUGCGUUCUUCGGUGAGGGCAGUGACCCCAUCUGGAUGGAUAACGUUCAGUGCUCCGGCGACGAGGAUGCGCUCUGGCAGUGCCCUUUCAACGGCUGGGGCGAUGAGAACUGCUUCCACUGGAAGGACGCGGGCGUCAUUUGCGAUCAGAGCCCGGCGCCCACGGCGACGCCCGCGCCGACGGCCGACCGCUCUCUUCGCCUGGUCGGCGGCGGUACCGAACGCGAAGGCCGCGUCGAGAUUUUCCACGAGGGCCAGUGGGGAACCGUUUGCGAUGAUGAAUGGGAUAUCGCCGACGCGAACGUCGUCUGUCAGGAGCUCUUUGGAGUCGACGCCAUAGAAGCUAAGUGGAGAGCGUUCUUUGGCGAGGGAUCUGAUCCUAUCUGGAUGGGCGAUGUUGAAUGCGUCGGUGACGAGACGGAGCUCCGGCAGUGCCCUUUCAGGGGCUGGGGUGAGUCGAACUGCCUUCACUGGGAGGACGCGGGCGUCAUUUGCGAGGCAGGCGCGUGCCUCGGUCAGACGGCGUGCAAGCCUGACGGCAGCCCGUGCGCAGCUGACGAGUUUUGCAACUUUGACGAUGGUAGCUCUGGAUUUUGUGAGCAAUGCUCGUCCUUUAGCGAUUCUGUCGCCUGCUACAACGAUGGCCUGCCGAGCGACGGGGCUGCAGACUGCCACGCAUGCUGCUUCGGUGACGAGGAUGAGUAUUCUAACCUGGGCAGCCCGACGCCGCGGCCUUCACCUUCGCCGACCGCGACGCCCGAAAAUCCGACGGCGGUGCCCACCUCACCUCGACCAACGCGGCCGUCGCCCAAGCAGCCCCCCCCUGGCGAUGAUACUACCGACAGUUCGAGCGCCGGUGGUUCCAGUGGCGGCGGCGGCCCGAACGCUGCGGCAAUAGGCGGCGGCGCGGCCGCCGGCGCGCUCGUCCUGCUCCUGGCCGCCGCCGGAGCCUCCUUCUACUACCGUCGAAGCACUGCCGCUAAGAAGUCCAACGCGAGCGGGGUAUUCGACGAGGCCCGUGGAGUGAAGGCGCCGCCGCCGCCUCAGAGCGCCGUCAUCACCUCCAAGGACGAGCCGCCGCCGCCGCCGCCCCUCGGCGCUUAAGCCGUCGCGCUGAGGCUUUUUGGCGGGCGAAUUCGCCUUCGACUCUUCCGAUUCGCCCGACGUUUUUUUGACCGGUCAUCUACUAAGAA